AUGGGAACUAUUGAGGCGCUGGUCAAUUCACGAGAUCGGAGCCUAGCGUUUGGAUUAGACCUCAACUCGGGUAUCUCAAGUGUAACAUUAGUGCUUCUUGGAAAGGACCACAGCGAAACUGUGGUGAAGCGUGGCUACUGCGGGAUCACUCAGGAAGAACUCUAUUCCACAAUCGACGUUCAUAUUCACAGAUUGAAAAUGAUCUUUGAAGCAUCGUCGGAGCUUGUGGUUGAUGCAAUCUUACAUAGUCGAAAGUUUCCUAUGUACCAAACUCUCCUACAAGAAGUUCACAACGGUUUGGAGAAGUUUAAUGACUGGAAAAUCAACCACAUCGCGAUAAAUGGGAAUAAGCCAGCAUUGGAAUUAGCUUCUAGUGUAACUAGAGAGCGUUAUCAGUCCUACAUUACCAAAGGUGAACCGGAAUGCCUUGCGCCGAUGCUAAGUGAAGACUGA